AUGAGGGCCGACGCAGCCGCCGCCAUGUUGGCCUUCUUGGCCUCUACGGCCCACGCCUUCGGGGCGAAGCCAUCACCGAAACCGACCAAAGUCGAAACCUUCAAGUGGAAGUACCCUUUCGAGCCUGAGGCGAUGGCCAACUACAACGCCGCCUGCGAGGCGUCUCAGAAGUUUGACGCUCAAGAAUACACCCUUCACACGCUCAUGGACAAGCCUCCAUUGGGUCUGGGUCCCUGGGCUACUGGCCUGAAGGAAUUCUUCACCGGCCGCGAGUACCCUGGUGGAUGGGGCGGGUGGGAUCGCCACCUCCACGACAGGAACUUGUUAAAGAUGGAGUAUUCGGAUAUGCCUCUGAAGGUCAGGGAAUGGAUCGAGGAGCAGGAGAGGACAGAGGGACCUGGAAAGGGCCUCUUUGCCGUGUUCCAGAAGCCCAAGGAUGAUGACGAUACGAUUGACAGCACUGUGGAGGUUAAGGAGAGUGUUGACAGGAGUGGGGAUGGCGAAAAAGUCGCCAUCUUUGCUCCUGGCGCCAUCUAUGAGAUUCUUCCUCUCUGGGUUGCGGAAGGAAGCAACUGCGAAGAGCAAUUCUCUGAUCUCAGCAAGUACCAACCCACGCAUGCGGAUGGCGCUGUCGUCGCGUGGCCCAGCAAGACCAACCCUAACUCGGAGAGGGUGAUUAGCAUUAAGAUUGAUGCCAACGUGCUAGCGAAGAAGGAGGGUGUCGUUGAGGAAACGGCGGAGGAGGCAAAGGAAGAACCCAAGGCUGAUAAGACUGAGGAGUCCAAGGAACUGCCCGAGAAGAACAAGGCCAAGGAGGAGAAGACGGGUGGCAAGGACGAACUAUGA